GAUUUAACUGAAAAAUAAACGCGUUGGCUCUAUAAAAAAUUAUUUGUUAUACUCAAUUGAUAAUUGUAACAAACUUAUUAACCAUUACAUACGGAAAUUAAUUGUACAAAGUUCUGCAUACGGACGGGAGUUUGGUGUGCUUUUUUGUCUCUAAAAUAUUUUUUGUGUGUAUUGUGUAGUGUGUUCUGCCACGAGCUUGCUUGAUUUUGCUCGCAAGCUGCUCUGGACAUCUCUAAUCGUCUGUCAGUCUGCCUAACUGAUUGAUUACAUUGGCAUUUUGGUGAUCAGCCUUUCUGACUGACUAGCUGUCUGGGACAAUCAAACAACUAAUCUAUUUAGAGCUUUGUCUUGUCUUCAAGGUCUUUAAAGGCGCAGACAGAAGCAGCUUUUUAGCUGCGCACGCAUUUAAAAAAGUGAUUUAAUUUGUUUUUGAAUCUCCGCUGCUGCUAUAAACGGAGACAAGAAGCAAAAACACAAAAAACAAAAGCAAGCGAAACGAAGAAACAGAAAAUUGUCACAGCGACUUCUUUGUUGAGGUGAUUGCUUCACCGUGUGUUUUCCCCUUCACUCCACGUUAUUCUCUUUAUCUGCUGCAACAAAUGGCUGACGUGAGUGACCCUAAUGAACUCUUUGUUCUUGAGUUACACGAGGAUGAAAAUCCCCGUGAUUCAGAUGAUGACAAAAUAGAAUUGGACGAUGUUGACUUGGAACCAGAAUUAAGCAUAAAUUUACAACAAGAGGCUGAAGGUCAAGAAACUAUUCAAUUAUCGGAGGAAAAUGUAAAUCCUGGCAAAAUAAAGUUAGGUCCAAAAGAUUUUGAAUUGAAGAAAGUUUUAGGCAAAGGUGGUUACGGCAAAGUAUUUCAGGUGCGUAAGACUUCUGGUCGUGAUGCUAAUAAAUAUUUUGCCAUGAAAGUUUUGAAAAAAGCCUCAAUAGUCACAAAUCAAAAAGAUACAGCACAUACUCGUGCUGAACGUAAUAUAUUAGAAGCUGUUAAACAUCCAUUUAUUGUAGAAUUAGUUUAUGCCUUUCAAACGGAUGGCAAAUUAUAUUUGAUUUUAGAAUAUUUAAGUGGUGGGGAAUUAUUUAUGCAUUUAGAACGCGAAGGUAUUUUCCUAGAAGAUACAACAUGCUUUUAUUUAAGUGAAAUUAUAAUGGCCCUGGGCCAUUUACAUAAAUUGGGCAUUAUAUAUCGUGACUUAAAACCAGAAAAUAUUUUAUUAGAUGCUCAAGGUCAUGUAAAAUUAACAGAUUUUGGUUUGUGCAAAGAACAUAUACAGGAAGGCAUUGUUACACAUACUUUUUGUGGCACCAUAGAGUAUAUGGCUCCAGAAAUCCUUACACGCCGUGGUCAUGGUAAAGCUGUUGAUUGGUGGUCCUUGGGUGCUUUAAUGUUCGAUAUGUUAACUGGUGUGCCACCCUUCACAGCGGAAGAUCGUAAAAAAACAAUAGAGACUAUUUUAAAAGCUAAACUUAAUUUGCCUGCUUAUUUAACACCAGAAGCUAGAGAUUUAGUACGACGUUUAAUGAAACGUCAAGAGUCACAACGUUUAGGUAGUGGCCCUGAAGAUGCCGCAGCAGUUCAGGCCCAUCCCUUCUUUAAGCAUGUAAAUUGGGAUGAUGUACUUGCUAGACGUUUGGAUCCACCAAUUAAACCUCUAUUGCGCAGUGAAGAUGAUGUGUCUCAAUUUGAUACAAGAUUUACUAGACAAAUUCCCGUAGAUUCACCAGAUGAAACAACUCUUAGCGAAAGUGUCAAUUUAAUUUUCCAAGGUUUCACAUAUGUAGCGCCAUCAAUUUUAGAAGAAAUGCAAAGAGCUAACCGAAUGCCGGCCCGUUCUCCUAGACGUACACCAAGACAAGCACAUGAUGGUUCCUAUCGAUUACAAUAUCCCUUAGCUCCAAGAGGCAUGUACGCACGAGCAACGCCGCCACAUUUGCAAGCUUUUCCCCCACGUCCCUCUCCCCAGGACGAAAUGAUGGAUGUGCAAGGUUUGCCCAUGUCGUAGUGCGUACAUAAAAGCAGCUGCAACUGCUCCUCCAAUAGCCAUCAAAAAUUCAUUAAAGGCAAUGGUUAAAGGCGUUUGAAAUGCUGACUAUAUAAAUACUAAAAGUACUGUUAACUACACAUGUAUAAAACAAAACAACAUAAAAUCGGAUGAUUUUAAAACUGAAAAAUAAAUUAAAAACAAAAACAGAAGAAAAAAAAAUAAAGAAAAACAUAUUCAAAACAUAUAUGAUUAUGAUAAUUGAUUGAUUACAUUUAAAUAAUACAAAAAUGAAUGUUAAUGUUAUUUUUGUUUUUUAAUGAACUAGAAAUUAAAAAUUAAAGUAAACCGAAAUUGGUUAUGGUAAAUGUAAUGUACUGCGGCGGUGUGUUGAUAAAGAAAUACAGAAAUUUAAAUCUUACACCAUUUUCAAUUGCAAAUUCAGAAGAAAAUUUAAAUCCUAUUAUACUACAGAAAAUUAACUCUAGGACUUGAAUUUAAGCUAUGUUUUCAAUGCCAAAGUAAAAUCUAUCUGUUUUGUUAGAAAAUGCUUUAAUACAGCUUUGUUUUUAAAACAGCCAGGAACUAGUUAUGUACUAGCUUUAAUUGGAGUUUUAAAUGCCAAGAAAUUCAAAAUCAUUGAUUUUUUUUCGAUUUUUUUUUAAUCAUCUCUAAACACUAAACCAAUGUUUAAUAUUAAAAUCAGGAAGUAGAUCAUAGCAAAUAUCUAAUAAAUCUAGAAACGAAACCUUCACUUAUCGCUGAAUUUCAAGUAGAUAUUUUGAAAGUACAUAUGUAUAUCUCUGUCGUUGAUAUUUUCGAAAUUCUUUAAAAAGAAAAUGGUGUAAUUACAGUAAAAUGAAAUAGACCAAGAUUAAAAAGAAAUUAACAAGGUGCUUGCGCCUUAUAAGUAAACAUAUAAUUAUUUAUACGAAUACAAAAGAGAAAUAAA